AUGGGUCUCGGACAAGAUAUCAAGGAGUUUGGAGAGAGUGAAAUGCAACAAGGUGGAAAUAACGGAAACAACAUGGGAAGCAACAUGGGAAAUGAUAUGGGAAAUGGUAUGGGAAACAAUAUGGAAAACGGUAUGGGAAAUAAUAUGGGAAACAACUCCAAUGGUAUGGGAGGUAGCACCAAAGAUACCAUGGUAGACUCCGCCGUCGACUCAUUUGCAAGCAAGGAGGGAGUACCUUCCCAAUUGGACUCCGGGAUCAACAACGUUGUCAAUAAUGAGGUUGACAAGUUUUAG